UUUUUUGGUAAAUGAGUAAAGGAGAAAGAUUGAUGUAAAUAUUAAACGAGAAUUAGUCAAAAUAAUAAUUUUAUGGAGAGUACCAACGUUUUGUUCGUUAAGGAAAUUUUAAAUAUCUAGAAAAUCUACGCAAAUCGUAGGGCAUGAACUACAUCGUGACACAAGAAAACGUGCGCGUCGUUAGUGUGACCAACGAGUAACUCGCGCGAUGUCCGGUACACCGGCCAAGCCCUGAGGGAAACCGAAAAGCGUGGAUCCGUGCGCGUGACCGCGUAAGAUCAGAAAUAUCGCAGCUCGGGUUUCUCGCGACUCGGGUUGUCGCUGCAUGUGUCACUGUGAGUGCUGCUGCUGCUGGUUGCCAGAUCGCACUCGACUCCUACGUCGGCUGGUUGUUACUGUUCGUCGUUGACGAAGUUUGCGUGCGUCUAUUCGUCGACGGAAUAUGCAAUAUUGAGGAAAGAACUCCAUCGAAGAAUUACCACCAAUGAGUUUGGCCGCGUUACGCUCUGUUCGGUGCUGCUCCUUCAACUAAUCGCGUGUGUGAUGCCCGGGAGUCGCUCCAGCACGGACCCAGAGCACAAGUCACCGCGGGAAAGUGGUGAAGAUUCCGAGGAUGAGAGUGAAAUCCUGGAGGAGAGCCCCUGCGGGCGGUGGCUCAAACGCCGGGAAGAGGUAUAUGUAGGUUCCAAGUCCACGUUAGCCGAAGGCUCUACCUUUGGAGCAGCCAGAGGCAGUGAAAACGAAGUCACUGAAAUGGAGGUGGAACAACGCGAUGUACCAGGAAUCGAUUGCGCCUACUUGGCGAUGGAUACAGAAGAAGGAGUUGAAGUUGUUUGGAAUGAGGUGCAAUUUUCAGAAAGGAAAAACUUCAAAGCGCAAGAAGAAAAAAUACAACUUGUAUUUGAGAAUCUUACACAAUUAGAACACCCCAAUAUUGUAAAAUUUCAUAGGUAUUGGACGGAUACUCACAAUGAUAAACCUCGAGUUAUAUUUAUAACUGAGUACAUGUCCUCUGGGUCAUUGAAACAGUUCCUAAAACGAACAAAGCGUAAUGUGAAAAAAUUACCUUUGCAAGCAUGGAAACGUUGGUGUACCCAAAUAUUAUCCGCGCUAAGUUAUUUGCAUUCCUGUUCACCUCCUAUUAUUCAUGGAAAUCUCACUUGUGACACUAUAUUUAUACAACAUAAUGGACUUGUAAAAAUUGGCUCGGUGGCUCCCGAUGCAAUUCACCAUCAUGUUAAAACUUGUAGAGCGAACAUGAAGAAUAUGCACUUUGUAGCACCCGAAUACGGAAAUUCUGUAACCCCAGCCAUUGAUAUUUAUUCGUUCGGAAUGUGCGCUCUGGAAAUGGCAGCGCUAGAAAUUCAAGGAAACGGGGAUAGCGGCACGAUCGUGACCGAAGAGAACGUUAAAAAGACGAUAGAGUCUUUGGACGAUGCCCAACAAAAAGAUUUUAUUCGGAAAUGUCUUCACGUAGAUCCACUUAGUAGACCUAGCGCAAGGGAGCUCCUUUUUCAUCCUGUUUUAUUCGAAGUUCAUUCGUUGAAGCUGCUCGCAGCUCAUGCAUUGGUUAAUUCAGCCACGAAUAUUUCAGAAACAAUAACGGACGAGGUAUUGCAAAGGCUAUACGGGCCUGACACGGUGGUAGCCGAAAUAAAGUAUCAAGGUCGACCGACGCAACAGAUUCGUUUAAGCGAGAUCCCUGUUACAGAGAAGUUAGAAAAGUUUGUCGAGGAUGUAAAAUACGGUAUAUACCCCCUGACAGCAUUUAUGGCGAAACUACCACCACCUGCUCGACCCAGGGCGAUAUCGCCCGAGGUGACCGAGUCGGUGAAGUCGGUCACGCCCGAGCCGGUGGACGUGGAGUCUCGAAGAGUAGUUAAUAUGAUGUGUAACGUAAAGCCUAGAGAAGAAAGUUGUGAAUUACUUAUGACAAUAUUGUUACGAAUGGACGAUAAAAUGAACAGGCAAUUGACGUGUCCUGUGAGCCAAAUAGACACUUCAAUGCUUCUCGCGCAGGAACUUGUACAUUUUGGGUUCAUUAACGAGAACGAUCGUGAUAAGAUAGGAAAUUUAAUCGAAGAGGCAUUAAGGAGUUGCUUUAACAAGCAAUUGGUGACACCAGGAAUGGUAUCAUUAACUAAUCUUCCCACCCAAACUACUUUACUGCUGCCUGGUCCAGAAUUUCCAUGCUUGCAACACUUUGAUAAUUCUAUGUAUAACGCGACAACAUCCAAUAGUGAUAGUGUAACUAACCCGCUGCCAAAAACCUCAGGUCUACCCGUGUCGAGUAACACGAGCAAAAGUCACGACGAAGCUGAACCACCGACGAAUACUGAAAGCGGUAGUUAACCAUCCAGGAUAUCUGGUAACUCAGUUCACUGUGCCACUUUGCACGCUCUAUGUAUAGACUGGCUAUGUAUUUUUAUAUUUAAGUAAACAGGAAGGAAGAAUGGAAUUAAAUAAUUUAAAAAACAAAAAAAAAUGAAAUAAGAAGGGCGCCGUGGCUAAACCACUAGGUUAAACGCUGACGCAGUAUAAUCGAAUAUUGAUUUUUUUUUUUAUCGAGAUCAUAAUAUUUUGUUUACAAACCGUUUGACGUAUCGACGUCAAAUUCCAUGUAUUCGAUGAUCAACUGUUAAUUAUUAUUAUUAUUAUUAUUAUUAUUAUAUUAUUAUUAUUAUUAUUAUUAAAUCGUAAGGUAGUUUCAGAAGCUAGGGUUUACAUUAGGUAAUUUUAACUCGAAAGUAAAGGACGUGCUCUACGAUUUUAGUUGACCUGUACAACCUAACGAGAAUGUCGAUUACCAAUACGCAAGAAGCAUGGAAACUACGUCUAGUUAUUACGAAUCACGUUUGAUCGUUGCCACCCGUUAUUAGGCUGAGAUAAAAAAAAGGGCAUUUUACUAGUGAAUGUUUAAGUUUUCGCGAAAUCUUGGAUAAAUUAUUUGAAGCAAUAAUCGAAAUAAAUUACCUUCUGUCGCAAAGUGACGAAAUGUAUCAUAGAAAUUUAUUUUGUAUAUACAAAUUGACAGAUUAAAUGAAAGAUCAAGAAGAGGAAGGAACGAUUUAAUUUUUAAGGUACAGAAUUAGUUUGAUCGUACAGCAAUGUGAAAACAAAUGAAUACGAGAAAGACAGACUAUAUAAAAACCCGCACUUAUUUCUGCUUGAAUACUCAAUAUGUUGUAAUUCAUUCUGAAUCAUUAUUCGAAUUACCGUAUGUUUUUUGUUCACGUGAUUGAAAUAAAAGAAGAGACCAGGU